UUUUUCACCGGGUCCGCAUGAUCUAAAUAGCGUUAAUCUACAAUUCUAAAAUUUAGAUCCAAGAUUGUAUCUUUGAAAUAUGGUUCGAUUUACCAUCUGUUGCUUUAGAAUAUAGAUUAGAGUCUAUUGUCUAAAUCAUCUCCUGUUUUCUAAAGGCGCAAGCACGGCGGUUGCGGCGUUGCCAGGACAACAACCUAAGCAUUUUUUACUUUUUGUUUUGCUUGGCGCUUGGUGUACGACCAGAUGGUUUCCAACAGACUAGAUGAUGGCACCAUCACGAAAGAAAUUUAAAAAAUUUAGUCAUAAAUAUACGUUAAAUAUCGGCGGUAUAAAGAAGCGAAGACACUACACAAUAAGCUUGAAUAAAAGUGAUCAUAAUUUAGAAGAUGCUGAAUGUCCAGGCCGCAAUGGAACUUCUUGUGUCACCCCAGAAGUCACCCCAUCAAGAUCAGCCUUAUCACCGGCCAAUUACUGUAGAAAUGUACACCAUGAUUCUGAACUGGUACUGGAUCAGUCAAAUGAAGGGAGUAAUCUCUACAAAGCAAGAAAAUUGCGCGAGGAAACUUGCUGGGAGAGUAUAAGAGAGAAGUUGAAGUUGGCCUUUUUGAGUCAGCAGUAUCUAGCAACUGACGCUUUCUGUGUUGUUUGCCUUGAUACCAACCCUACUGAACCUCGGAAGGCUGUAUGUAGGUGCGAAGAUUGUGGCUGGCAGCAAAAUUUUUGUAUUGACUGUGCUUCGGCUACGCACAAGAACAAGAACUUGUUCCAUAUUCUUGAACUAUGGAAGGAUGGAGCAUUUGUGCCACUAUUUGCCAACAAUUUUAUAUUAGAGCCACCUGGACACAAAUUGUGCAGUACAGCAAACUAUGUCAAACAGAUGGUUUUUGUUGAUUCCCAAGGAAGACAACAUUUGAAAAGGGUAGCAUUUUGCAAAUGCCAAAGUGAAGCUGAAACUCUUGUAUCAAUGGGGUUCUGGCCAAGCACAGGUGAUAGACCCCAGACUGCAUUUGAUUUCAGAUUACUACAGUUAUUGAUGACAUUACUCUUUGAAUGUCAGUCUUCUUUGGAUAAGCUAUGUGCUGCCAUAAAAUUGCUUCAAAAUCCUUUGCUGCCUACAUAUGCCACCAAUAUAUACAGGAUUCUAAAUGGUCCAGCGUUUGACGAAUUCAGAUUGUUUCUGUACUCUAUGGGGAUUCAGAAUGACAAAUGUGUCUUAUGUCCAUCACCCGGAGAAAGUGGAACAAUCAUAGAAAUGAUGGAUGCAUGUUUCGGCUUCCCAAGAAAGAAGAGUGCAGGGUCAAGUGUUAAUGAACCUAGAUUUGGUUGUGAUAUGUUUGCAGAUCAAGCAGAUGUUGACAACUUUAUUGAAAAGCACACAGCAGUGUUGAAAAAGACAGAAAAUACUUGUAAUCAGUACAAAGCUGGGGAGAUUGAGACAUCUUUGAGAUCAAAGGGAAAGAAUAAGCGUUACGAUGAGAAAGCUGUGUUUGGUAGAAUUUGUAGACAUGGUUUCCCAAAGGGAUUCAUAAGCCUCAAACACGGAGAGCGUAUUGCCUAUGCUGUUUAUGAAUUGAAAAGAAUGGUGGAGCCAUAUAUGGACUCUGGGAAUGUCAAAUUAAAGUGCAUGUAUGAUAUUGCAUGUAUUCUAAAAAGACACCUUGAGGUGCACUCUGCCAGUUAUGGGUUAGAAGGUUUAACAGAACGAAUAGAGUUUGGAAUUCCUUUGUUUCAUGCUUAUGUUCAUGUUUCAAAGUGCCAGGUUUUAUAUUCACCACGUCGCAAUGAAGGUUUUGGUCUAACAGAUGGUGAAGGUAUAGAACGUCUCUGGUCAUACCUCAGAAGAUUUUGCUUCAUGACAAAAGAAAUGACCCCAAGUCGUCGAACAGAUAUCCUUUCAGAGGCCCUUCUACACUAUGCAAGGAGAAUUUCCAGAAGUCAAGGCAGAUAUCUCUCCCAUGGGCUAUUGAAGGCAGAGACUUUGAAAAUGAAAUCAUCAAUGGAAAAGAACAAAAUCAUAUCCGCAUUGCCAGCUGAUGCCAAACCAGUGACUGAGUCAACCAUCUCUAAGUGGAAAGAAGAAGAACUUGCUCUAGUUAGCAGUAAUAAAACCAUUGCCAAAUCUACUUCCUCUUGGGAGCAGAAGUAUGCGCAACUACUUUGGGAACACAUGCAAUUAUUGAACACGCUAGGGACAUGUGACAUAGCAGCAGCUGAUUCGUUCAAUGAUUCAAGUCCUUCGCAACUGGUUUCAAAGGCAAAAGGAGUUGAUGACAAACUCAAACAAAUUGAAAAACAAAGAGGAAUAUCAAUUCGUUGGAAAGCAAACAAUCCAAAGUUGAUUACCACGAUGCAAGAUAUUCAAGUCGAAAAGAGGGACAUGUUUCUUCAAAACCUUCGCUCAAUCGCUGUUGAGCGUCAUCUGCAAUUAAUGCUAAAAGAAAGAUAUUCGCAGGGACAGAAACAAGCAAUCCGUCUUGCACGACGGGUAGGCCAAUACACAAAGCGACUAAAGCUCGAAAUAUCAAAAUACAAUGCCCAACUAUCGUUGCUUAAGGAACAUAUUUUGCUGUCCGUUGAAGAAGUUUCAUUCGAGGAAGCAAGAGAUCCAAAUUCGAAUCUUUAUCAAAAAUUCGAAGCUACUUUGACCUCUCUUAGAGACAAAAUACCUUUUGCUGCCAAACGCCGAAUUAUCGAGCUUUAUGAGUUGGAAAAAAGAUGCGAUGAAGAACAAGGCUUUCUUUAUGCAGAAUGCGAACUUCUAUUGACGUCAAAGUUAAAAACAAUAGAAAUGUUGAAGAAAAAGGUGGAAGAACUAUCUAGGAGCAGAAGCGCAUAUUCAUUGGGUCUAAGAGGUGUCCUAAACAAGCACAUGCUAAUUAUUGGAAACCAAAUUUUAUUUGAAAAAACUACCUACGAAAAAUUUGGUAAGGAAGUCCCUUCGUCUAUCACGUCUACAAGCUGUGAAUUUCUGGCGAAUGUCGCAUUUUCAAGGAGAACUGAAUAUGACAUUGAUGAUGAUGACGAUGAUUAUGCCAUUAAUGAAACUGAUGAUGAUGAUGAUGACAACGACGAAGAACAUGAUGAUGAUGAUGAUGACAAUGACGAUGAAGAUGGUUUUGAAGAACUCUAAUUGUUAUUCAGCAAUCAAAUUUGUUAGCAUGUUUUACGAUGCUAUUAAUAUUUACAGGGCAAACCUGCUAACCCGACAUUCUUUCAACCUAAUCUUGUAAACGUUUUCUUUUGAAAUUUCGUAGACUCUGCUGAUUAA